UUUUAAAAAAACUAUUGGCAACCAUGAUGGCUGUGUCAGGCAUUUGUCGUCAACAUAUCUGCUUGGAAAAUUUUAUUCUAAUUGAAAUAUAGCUUGAUUUUUUGUGUAAUGGAAGAACAGAGUGAUAAUAUGUACCGUUUCAAAUGGUUUAUGUCGUUAUCUAGAAAACGAUCUUCAAGAUUAGAUGGAUACAAAGAAAAUAACGCUACUGAUAAAUUAGCAAACAGCAACAACACUGGGGUGUUUUUCACUCUGCGUAAGCGUUUUCAAACAAAAUUAACAUCUAUUAAAGUGAAAGCAUAUGAACCCGAAAGAGUUUCAAUUCCAAAUGAAUGCUGCAACCUUGCGGAAAGUGAUCGAUUUGCAACCAAUCCUUCGGGGUCAUUCUCUACCAAUAAUGACUUUGCUCGCAUUGUCAUUGAAAGACAUAGCCAAAAUCCUAUUCGUUUUUCCUCUCCAAAUACGCAUUUGCCGGGGGGAGAAUUUUCAACGGAAUCCUCUACUAUUCCAAAUUCUGUUGCGUCGAUGAGGCCAGUGACGGUUUCUCGGUCUGCCGAUGAAACAGCCCCUACUUUGGAUACAAUGAUGGAACAGAUGAGAAAUGAUCUACUAAAAUAUGGUUGGUACUGGGGCAAAUUAACCCGUGCAGCAGCUCAGAAGCGUCUUGCUAGGCAAGACAAUGGCACUUUUCUAGUACGAGAUUCUCAGACUGAAAAAUAUCAGUUUACUGUGAGUUUCCGCAGUUCAGGAAUUACGCUGCAUUGUCGAAUAGACUAUAAAAACAAAUACUGGUCUUUUUCGGGUUUGACAACACCUACACAAUGUGAAACUAUGAUUGAUUUGAUUGAAGAUACCAUGAAAAAAUCGGAAUUUGGUAUCAUAGGUUUUGUAAAACAAUCUUCACCCCUAACUCCACCGUUUCCUGUGCGAUUAACCAAGCCUAUUAAUAGGUUCUACGAAGUCUCCUCAUUACAGCAUUUGUGUAGAUUCAUUAUUCGACAACGAAUCGAUUCGAAACACAUUAUCUAUCUUCCACUGCCGAGCAAGUUAAAAGAAUACAUCGAUGAAAAUUUUCAUGACCUAUAAAUAUUAAGAAAUGUAAAAAUACAUCAAAAGACGGAAAGCACACUUACUUUUUAUACAAACAUGUUCGGAAAAUAUGCAAAAUUGAUUAUUCGUGCGAAGUUCGUUUUGAAAAAAAAAAUAAAUCUUAAACUAAGCAUGCAAUAAAAUUAUGUUUAAAAACUUGUUCCAACUGAAAUGCAAACAUAGUUAAUUAAACAAUAGUAGUUGUUAUAUAGAAGCGAGGAGUGUCGUUUUUCUUAAUUUUUGUAUAUAUUUUGUAUACAGCAUAACUAGGAUUUACUGAAAUAUUUAUGCAAAUUAAAGUAUGUAAUAAAUAAAAAAAUAUAUAAUGUAAUAUCCCGAAGAAAA